CCCUUAAACUAGAACUGGUUGCCUACAAUAUUUAACAGCUGUCUUGGAGCUGGGAGCAAUACACAGUCAAGACGCAUGGUGUGUUCUGCUUCUCUAGAAAUACAGGCACUGACACACAGCUUUUUUCCUUCUCAUCAGCUUCAUUUCCUGAGGUAGAUUUCUGGUCCUGAAUCCUUUCAGAUGUGAAGAUGUAUCCAGUGUUGAACAAACUCCCAAACAAAAGUGAUUCCAAACCACUUCCCAUUGUUGUUAUAGGGAAUGGUCCUUCAGGAAUUUGCCUUUCCUACCUGCUGUCUGGUUAUAUCCCUUACAUCAAAAGGGGCUCUGCUCAUCCUCAUCCUAUUCUACAGAGGAAACUAGAGGAAACACCAGAAGUCCCCAUUAUAGACCAGGAUCUGGAGUACCUGUCUGAAGGUUUGGAGGGACGAUCCCAGAGCCCCGUGGCUCUUCUUUUUGAUACUCUGCUGCGUCCAGAUACAGACUUUGGUGGAACUGCAGAAUCUGUCCUCACUUGGUGGCAUGAGACCAACAGAGCCAUUCCCCAUCUGGUCCUUGGCAGAAACCCUCCUGGGGGUGCCUGGCAUUUAAUUGAGGGAUCUAUGAUCACUCUGAGCCAAGGGGAAUGGAUGGGGCUUCCAGACCUUCAUCUCAAAGACUGGAUGAGGAACAAGAGAAGGGGCCUCAGGAAUAACAGAGCCACCGCAGAAGACAUUGCUCAAUAUUACCAACAUUAUGUGGCAAAGAAAGGGCUGCAGAAGAAUUUUAUCUGUGGGACUAUUGUGACAUCUGUGAGGAAAGUGAGCCCAGAUGUAAAUUCCAGCUAUGAACAGCAGGAGCAUGAGGGGAACAGUGACUCCUUCUGGGAUUUCCCUGAGAAGGAAGAUGACCAGAUUGCUAAUGGAAAUCUCUUCCAGGUGGAUGGAUUCAUCAAAAACACUAAUGGUUGUCAGCAACCCUUCUCCGUCUAUGCAGAGAAUGUGGUUUUAGCCACAGGAACAUAUGACAGUCCAACCAAGCUUGGAGUUAAUGGAGAGGACCUUCCUUUUGUCCAUCACAAACUCUCUGCCCUUGAAGAAGCAGUGAAGAACAAGAGGGUUGGCAUGACAUCAGAUCCAGUCUUGAUUGUAGGUGCCGGCCUGACAGCUGCUGAUGCAAUUCUCUUUGCUCACCAUUGCAACAUCCCAGUGAUCCAUGCCUUUCGCAGAAGGGUCAACGAUCCAGGCCUCAUCUUCAAUCAGCUCCCCAAAAUGAUGUAUCCGGAGUACCACAAAGUCCACCAGAUGAUGAAAGAACAGUCAGUUACUUGUCCUGGGCCAUAUGAAUGUUACAUCAGCCUUCCUGAACAUCAUGUCCUGUCCUUUACAGAGGACAAGAAGUGUAUCUUCCAGGAUAAGAGUGGUCACCAGAAAGUUUUUAACAUUUCUAUGGCUUUUGUUCUCAUUGGCUCAAACCCCAACCUCUCCUUCCUACCAAAUAAUGGCAUUGACUUGGCAAUUGACAACGAGCAGCCAGUCAACUCCAAGAGGAACCCCAUCAACGUUGACCCAUUUACCUACGAAUGUGUUCAGGAGAAAGGGCUUUACGCUGUGGGACCAUUAGCUGGGGACAACUUUGUACGUUUCGUGCAGGGAGGGGCUCUGGCUGUUGCCAGCUCUUUGUUAAAGAAAGCAAACAAAAAUCCUCCUUAACAAACAAACUGCCCUAAGCCAAAAGGGUUCGAACAGGUGAUUCCUAUUCUCUUUGAGAAGUAAGGCAUUUGACGUGUACACUUUCCUCUGCGGUGCUCUCCAGGACCGUGCAGAGUCACCAAACUCUCUCAGUGGGUUCAUUUGGGAAGGAUAAGUCAGCAAGUACAUGGUUUGGGAUUUAGAUCUCAGUGUUGCCAACAUUUCUACCUUGUUAAAAGGUUGAAUUUAAGUGCAGGCAAGGGAAGCAGCCCCAUCCUGGUGGAGCUUUGCACUAAGGGAAUGGGGAACUUGCACCCUAGUUUGGAAUAGUUGGGGGGGCAAAGCAACGAUCGCCUUCACUAUAUAAAUGUCUUGCAGCUGGCUGAAAAGAGUUCCCAUCCUUUAACUAUUUUUCUCGUGGCCAUAUUGGCAAGCCCGGUGUUUAGUUAGUCUUUUUUGAAUGUUACUGGAUAAAUACUGAUAACACUACACAACACAAAGUUGUUGCUGUUUCAUGUGCUUAUGUGGCACAGCUCUGUGGUGGUCUUGCUAUGCAAAAAUCCAUUGAAAGCUGUGCUGCAAGUGUUCUAUGCUCCUAAACCAAAGUUCUGCAAUUAGAAAUUGUCACAAAACUUACAGCAGCCCUCUAGGCAAUGCUUAUCUUCUCUUGCAAGGAGCACUACCACCAUCUUCUGUAUGUCAUAUCUUUGGAUGCAGCACACUUGUGUAUCUGUCUUAGGAAGACUCCUUUUCAAAUAAUGGUACAAACUUACUCAGUGGAGUGCACAAUCUUUAAAGAGCUAGAAGGCAGAAGGAUAAAGAGUGUAACAAUGUUGCAUUCUUAGAGACCUCUUUAGGGACGCCAAAACCAACGUAUAAAGAGGCAUUAUCAUUGGUUUGUGAGAACUGAUUAAUACUUUGCCCAUGUAUGAUCCUUCGAAUUCAUCCUGCUCAAUGGAAUUGACGGUUUUACCGUGAAGCUUUACAUUACAUAUUGUAGUAUGAAUUCCCAAUAUAGGAUGAUAUUUCAGAAAAUUUGUUCUGUAAAUCAGAACUGGCAUUCUACAAAUUCUUCUUGAAAGAGAAGAAUUGCACAAUUGCUUUUAGUUAUUAAAUUGCUUUAUUUUUUUUUAUUUUAAUUUUUCAUAAUGUAGAAGAGAUCCUAGAUUAAUACAGGAAGAAAAUGUUCACUCUAGAUUUCUGGAUAACCGUGUAACAAGAUCUACCUGCAUUUGAACAAUGGCCCUGAUCCUGCAAGGCCCCUGUAUAUGGACUUCAAUGGGAGUUCCACAUGCAGAGAGAUUAUAGUGUCAGGGCCAAUUGUGUUCUCCAAAUAAGGCCUGACUCUGCACUGCUUAGUGGGGCAAAACUUCCGGUGACACAGCAAGAUGUGCAGAAUGAGUCCCAAAGAGGCCACUUUACUGUAUAUGGAAGUUGAUGUGCGCAAUCCUUUCAGAGCUGCUUACCUGGAAUAGUCUGCUGCUUCACUAAGGGCACACAAUGCCAGCAAGUCUCUCAGAAAAGUUACGCACACAGAGAAAGUGUUGGUUUGUAACUGUCUGGCCCCAGAAGUUUUUAAGCAAGGCAGGUUUAAGGAACACACCCAAUUGCUGUUGUCUCUUAGCAAUGUUGUACAGCCCUCUGGAAACUAACUAUUUUUGUUUUUUUCUAAGUUAGCUGUGUUUAAUUUUGUAUGUUUAAAUAAAAUAAUUUCAAACUUA